AUCGUCACCUUAGUUUAUUGAAAAGAUGAUUCGCAUCUUGAUCGGUUGCUUUAUUGUGGGAUUAUCGGUAGCGGGGACCGUGUUCCAGAGCGGUGUGCCCAUGCCCGAUGGGCGUAUUGUUGGUGGUUACGAUGCGGACAUAACCAGCUAUCCACAUCAGGUCUCCAUGCGCUACAGGGGAAAUCAUAGAUGCGGCGGCUCCAUUAUAGCGCCUAAUAUGAUUCUCUCGGCCGCUCACUGUGUGAAUACGUUGAAGGGGGUGGCUAAUUUGACUAUUAUUGCUGGCACCACAGAAACCUUUUUUCCAACUGGUCAGGAGUUGCCGGUGAGGGAAAUCAUCAUUCACGAGAAGUACAAGUCCUUGUACCAGGACUACGAUGCUGCUAUUCUGGUUCUGGAUGGGGAAUUCGAGUACAAUAAAGCUGUGCAGCCAAUCGAAUUGGCCAGUGAGCGUCCGGCGCACGGAACACCUGUCAUCGUAACUGGCUGGGGCGCAACUACCGAAGGAGGCGCCCUCUCCAACGUGCUCCAGCAAGUGGAAGUGAAUGUUGUGGAGAAUGCCAAGUGUAAGAGCGCAUAUUUCAUUGCUCUGACCAAUCGCAUGCUCUGCGCCGCCGUCGACGGUGGCGGUAAAGAUUCCUGCCAAGGUGACUCUGGCGGUCCGCUGAUCUACAAGAAUGAGCUGCUGGGCAUUGUCUCGUGGGGCUCGGGCUGCGCACGCAAAGGAUACCCAGGAGUUUAUGCUGCCAUACCCGAUUUGCGCCAAUGGAUAAUCAAUACUCGUGCGUCCAAGGCAUCCGUGGGCCGCAUUGAAUUUCUUUGAACGGUUAAAUCUGAUGUAAUCUGCAAGUUAAUAAGCACA